CCUGUGCGCAUUUGAGCCCGUAGAGCCUCCGUAGCACCCCCAGUGUCAUAGAGAGCCGGGGCGCCCGAGAGCGAGAGACCAUCUCUAUGGUCGCCGGGGAGAUGCGGUCGGUCAGUUAUGUGCAGCGGGUGGCGCUCGAGUUCAGCGGGAGCCUCUUCCCCCACGCCAUCUGCCUGGGAGACGCCGAUAACGAUACGCUGAACGAGUUAGUGGUGGGGGACACCAACGGGAAACUCUGCGUGUACAAGAAUGACGAUAGCAAGCCCUGGACCGUGCGCUCCUGCCAAGGAAUGCUCACCUGCGUUGGUGUUGGGGACGUGUGCAAUAGAGGAAAGAAUCUGGUUGUUGCCGUGAGUGCCGAGGGCUGGUUUCAUCUCUUUGACCUGACUCCUCCACCCUCAAAGCAUCCAGAUGCCUCCGGCCACCACGAACCCCCACUGGCAGAUGAGCAGAAGCUGGUGUUCAAGCAGCACAUUCCCGCCAACACCAAGGUCAUGCUGAUCAACGACAUUGAUGGAGAUGGGAAGUUCGAGCUGGUGGUGGGUUACACGGACCGUGUGGUGCGAGCCUUCCGCUGGGAGGACCUGUCUGAGAGCUCCGACCACAUCUCCGGCCAGCUGGUGCUGCUGAAGAAGUGGCUGCUGGAGGGGCAGGUGGACAGCCUCUCUGUGAACCCAGGCCCUGAUGGUGUCCCCGAGAUGAUGGUGUCCCAGCCAGGCUGUGGCUAUGCUAUCCUGCUCUGCACCUGGAAGCCGGACCAGCAGCCCCUAGCAGAGAGUGGAGACAGCUCAGCAACCAGCAGGGAGGCCCCCGUUCGGGAUGUUAUCCUUCACCAGACAUCUGGCAGGAUUCAUAACAAAAACGUUUCCACUCAUCUAAUUGGCAGCAUUGGCCGAGGUUGCACUAAAGCGGAUGCUGGCUCGGGCCUCUUUGCCCUCUGCACUCUGGACGGAACAUUGAAGCUCAUGGAGGGGGCGGAUAAGCUGCUGUGGUCCGUGCAGGUUGAUCACCAGCUCUUUGCUCUGGAAAAAUUGGAUGUUACUGGCAAUGGGCAUGAAGAGGUGAUUGCCUGCGCCUGGGAUGGCCAGACGUACAUCAUCGACCACAAUCGGACUGUGGCCAGAUUCCAAGUGGACGAGAACGUCAGCGCGUUCUGUGCUGGCCUCUAUGCAUGCAAAGGAGGCCACAACAGCCCCUGCCUGGUUUACGUCAGUUUCAACCAGAAGAUCUACAUCUACUGGGAUGUGCAGCUGGAGAGAAUGGAAUCCACCAACCUGCUGAAGAUACUAGAGAUCAACCCAGAAUACAGGGACCUUCUGCAGCAGCUGGGCGUGGAUGGAGAUGAUGUCUCGGCUGUCAAAGAUCUGAUUCACAAGACCCUGUACUUCCCAGAAAAGCAGCCACAGAACAGCCCUUGCCAACAUCGGGGCCCUGCUGGAGCAGACUCCUCCAGUCACCCCACCGUUGCCCAAGACUCGUGAGACGUAGUCAAUAGGGUGUGGAAGUCCAAUGGUUGAAGUUGAUGGUGUCUCUGUGUUGAAUUGCCAGGGACCAGGAGGAGAGCUGAUGGCAGGUGUAGGCCUGGAGUUCAUGUGGUAUCUAAGUUGAAUCCCUGGAGCUCAGAGUGAAGAAGCAGAGUUGAUGGGUGUGUAAAUCUGGUGACGGGAGCUCAUGGCUGGCAGGGGUGUCAGCCCAGUUACUACGAUUAACAGGGGGAGAGACUAGCACUUGAGCUCAUACAAUACAGAGUCUAGUAGCUAAGGCUGGCUGGCCAGGCCUGGCGCCUAUGUAUGCUCAACGCUCCCAGGGUGUUUCAGCUCAGCAUUUCCUAGAAGUCUUCCUGCUUUGAAUGAAAACUCUCAAAAUGCAGUGACUGCAAUUUAAGCUGCUUCCAGUAAAAUCCUUCCAGUCUGCUCUGAGCCAGUGCAGGGUAAUGAAAUCCAGCUCUCCAGAGGACAGGGAGGAUUGGCCACAGGGCCCUUCCCAUGCAGCAUGGGAAAGAGGGGCCCCUCCUGUCCAGGUAGAUCUGCAGCCAAAAGGGAAGGGAAACUUUUAAAACAAUCUUCAGAGGCUUUAGAAGAAGCCACCAUCUCUCUGCAGGCAGAACCCCUGGAGACUGCUCGCAGUGACACUUCCUAUGUUAUCAAUACAUGGCAGUAUAAAAAGAAGUCACUAAAAGGGCAGAAGCAGAGACCAGAGAGAGAACGGGGACACAGAGAGAAAUGAGAACAAAUAUCCACUCAGCACAUGGGGACAAGCAGGAGGGUCCAUUGCAGGGAGGAAGAACUCUCCAUACAAGAGGCCAGCUUGCAUCAACAGCGGGACAGCACCUGGCUCCCGUUUACCUCCUCACUCCCCCAUGGAAGCCUCAGCGCAGGACUCAGCAAGGGCCAGGUGUGUCAGCCCCAGCUGCAGCUUUCCCUGGUAAGCCAUAGAGUCUCCUCCCUGUGGACAUGGGGAGCCGGCCCAUCACUGCCCAUGCUCGUCAGAGGCAUGUAAGAAAGGCAGCUCUUCACUCAGGGCUUUCAGCCGCAGGACUCCUUCCUCCAAGUCGAUGCAGCACUAAUGGGAGCAGACGAGAACUGGUUAUCCAUAGUACGUAUCAGUCACAAGGCAUCAGCAGAGUACGUGGGCUGUAUGGUGUUAUUACCACAGAGAAGCAGGAGCCCAUCUAAUAAUCAACACCCCCUUCUUCCCUCCCUCUCGCCAAGCCAGAUUUUGGAGAGCACCCUCCCAUCAAAUUCACAGCUGCUCUUCCUAAAGAAGCUCCCUACCCUCGGCCUUCUUUUCCUUCCAUCCCCCAACACACCUGCACCUCUUCUUCUGAAUACACCUCCAUUGCUCCUUCCCAUCCCUCACCCCCGCUCCCUCCCGCUCCCCAGCAAGGCCCUGCUCAGGUGACCGUCUCUCACCUUGUUCAGCACAGCCGCCUUAUUCACACAUUGCAUACAUGGCCCUUCUUAGGGAGGCCAAGGACAUCAUGCCCCCCUCCAUCACUUUCCAUUGGUUUUGAAUCCAACUCCAACCUGGCCACCUAGCUUCCAAAUCAUCCUCUGCUCUUAGCCCCCUGCCUUCAUUCCCUCUACUCCACCACAGGGUUCCUCUCUCAUCUUAUGGCCACCGGGUUACACUGACAGUUUUACCUCUGUCUACUCCACCCUGUGCACCUGGUUCUGUCUCUUCCCCUCCCUCCAGUUCACGGAGCCAUUCAGCUCUCAGCCUAACACCAUCCCACACAUUGAGUGACACUCAGUGCCCUUCCCCAUUGCUUUCCCUUCCCCCAUUGCGCCCUGCUUCCAUCCUCCACUUUCCCACUCACUUUCUACACUCCCAUUCCUGCCUCUUCCCAGCCCAUCUUCUCCCCCCAUUGGAAUGGUCACCCCCAUUUACCUGCCUCCUCUAUCUUUGCUGCCUCCUCCUUGCCAAUCUACAAGGCCUUCUCAGGCCUUAGCAUGGUUAUCAUUUGGGCUUCUUCCUGCUUCCCCUCACUCCUGGCUUCUCCUUCUGUAGUUCUCUCUGUUCUGCCUGCAGGACAGGGGCUCUCCCAGCCCAGAAAGCAUUCCUUCUCCUAUGGAGCAUUUCUCUGAUGUUUUCAGUAAGGAAGGCUGUGUAUGUAGGUGUUUAAUGGUUCAUGCUGGAGAGAGUCGCCAGCAAAUCGAGACAGGGGGCUUUCUUUUCAAGCUGUGUUAGGAUCUAAAUCACAGGCUGCGAUUCUGGGUCAUUUAGUGAUCAGCAUCCACCAGAAGGGAACGGCAGGCAUAGAUGCUCUCUGCUCCUGGGUUCUGGGCCCUACUCUGGGGGAAGGCAAAACCCUUGAGAGAGAUUUCCCAGCUGAGUCCCCCUCCACAGAACAAUUCCAAGUCUAAGCACUCCGUGCAUGGAUAGGCCCAUCCUCCUGCAUGAUGGAGACUGGAAGGGAUUCUUCAAGCUCCAGCAAAGAUGCUCUCAGGAAGGGGUUACUUUUGAGAGAUGAAAUCUCUUCCCACCAUGUCCCCUAGCAGAGCGUUUCCCCGGCUCCCAGGAAAGAGACAUCAGGAGAGGGAGAAACUGUAGAUCCCUGCCAUGGGGCUGCACAGGGCUCUAGCCACUACCUGAUCCAAUAAGGUUUUAAAAUGACAGGAAAGGGGUUCAAUACUCAUGCCAGCUAAGAGCAUGCUGCAGUCAGAGAUCAGGAAGCAGGGUGGCCAACACCCUGGCAAGUUUGGCCAUCAGUAUCGCAUGCUUCCUGCAGCCCCAGCUUGGGGUCUCAUUGAGACGUGCCACCACACCUACAUUAUGUUCAGAUGCGAUGAGAGGAAACCCAUUCCUUACCUUGAGAGACAGCAGAGUCUGGAGGCCGAAACAGAACUCCAGCAUUUCAUCAUCUGGGGAAACAGAGAGGAAGUGGGUCAGGCUCAGGCAUAGGUGUUUUCUGACAGUCUCCCUUACGCAGCACCUGAGUGACUGCCUUAUACCCAUGGCUGGAACUUGCUAUAAGUUAUCAAACCUCUGGCACGUAUGGGGUCAGCAUGCUAGGCACAGCAGAGUGUGGCCACUCCAUCUUCCCAGACGCCUGAACGUCAUCCUUUCCACAGCUGCAGCCUGCAGGGGUUAAGUGCCACUCUACCUGUCUAUGCUCCUAUAGACAACCAGCCAUCAGAGAGGCCAGAGGAGCAGUCCGACUCUCCCGCGCAGAGAAGAGACAGAACCAAGGGUGAGGAGAACCAGAGAGGAGAAGAGGACGAGAAUAAAGUGAGCUGGGGUCAGGAGAGGGAGAGAAACCAGAAAAGAUGGAGGAAUGGGAGGAAUGGCAGGAGUACAGUGAGGAGGGCAAGAGACAACAGAGGAGCAUGAAGAGGAAGGGCACUGGGAGUAAAUCAGCAGGCUGAGGAGAACGGGACAGAGAGAGGCAAUGGGAGAAAUCAGGGAUGGAUGAGAAGACAAAUAAAAUGGGGGAGAAGGGACAGAAAGAAGAAUCAAUCUCUUAUUUUUGUUGUAUGCAGAGAUUCACAUGCCUGGAAAAAAUGCAACCUCCCUGCCACCCCCUCCAAUGCCUAUUAAAUGGGCUUCAUUCCCCACGGCCCCUCCCAACAAGAUUCUGCCUCUGGACACUGGCGGGGACUCCCAGACUGCUCUACAAUACAUUUCUGCAGCCGAGGACAAU